ACUCAAGUACAAAGGCUUAGAGCACGAUCGAAGACAAUGGCUGGUUCGUUCCGGCUCGUCGUGGCGGUGACAUGCACCUUGGUGCUUGCGUCAGCUUGCCAGGGCCUGGAGGUGGGCUACUACAAGAAGACGUGCCCUCGUGUCGAGGCCAUUGUGAGGGAUGAGGUGAAGAAGUUCGUCUAUAAGAAUGCCGGCAUUGGUGCCGGCCUCAUCCGUCUCGUCUUCCACGACUGCUUCGUCCAGGGAUGUGAUGGCUCUGUCCUGCUAGACCCGACACCGGUGAACCCGCAGCCGGAGAAGUUGAGCCCCCCCAACAUGCCAAGCCUGCGCGGAUUCGAGGUGAUUGACGCGGCCAAGGACGCCGUAGAGAAGACCUGCCCUGGCAUUGUCUCCUGUGCAGACAUCGUCGCCUUCGCCGCCCGAGACGCCACCUACUUUCUCAGCAGGUUCAAGGUCAAGAUCAACAUGCCCGCUGGCCGCCUCGACGGGCGCGUCUCCAUCGCCUCUGAGGCCCUCAACAACCUGCCACCGCCGUUCUCCAACAUCACUGAGCUCAUCAACAGCUUCGCUACCAAGGGCCUCGACGCCGAGGACAUGGUUGUGCUCUCGGGAGCGCACACUGUCGGCCGCUCCCACUGCUCAUCCUUUGUCCCCGACCGCCUGGCCGUCCCCUCCGACAUCAGCGCCUGGUUUGCCAACAUACUGAAGAGGCGGUGUCCUGCCAACCCGACCCCGGGAAACGACCCCACCGUGAACCAGGAUAUCUUCACUCCCAACGCGUUCGACAACCAGUACUACAAGAACGUGCUCGAGCACAAGGUGCUCUUCAAGUCUGACGCUGCGCUGAUCACCACACCUGCCACGGCAAAGAUGGUUAAUGACAACGCCUUCAUCCCCGGGUGGUGGGAGGAUAAGUUUGCGAAGGCUUUUGUCAAGAUGGCCGGCAUCGAGGUGAAGAUCGGCAACCAGGGCGAGAUAAGGAAAAACUGCAGGGUCGUAAACUAUGGUCGUCCCAACUACUGAUCAUCAACCGGAUGCAGCCAUGCAUGCAUGACUAUUGGUUUGUUCGUUUGUGAAAUUUCGUGAGCACCUCGAUUUUUUUCCUUUUUUUACACACCAGCGGAAAAUUCUUCGCGGAUACCUGGUUUUAUUUCUUUAUUCUUUUUGCUAUUGUUGUUGUAUUCCUUGCAAUGUUCGUCGAGAAUGUGUACUGUCACUGAAUAAAGAUGUAACACUCGUUUUUUAAUCUCUCGAGCUUUGUAUUUGAGACUUUGGCAU